UUCUUUCUCUUUCUCUCUCUCUGUCUUUUUUUUUUUUUUAGAUACUAUUUUUUUUAAUUAAAAAAAUAAUAAUAAUAAUAUGACUACUCCUGUUCAUACAAUAAAAGCACCAACUGUAAAUAGAAAUGAAGCCCUGAUGAAUACUGCAAAGAUUAUGGAACAGAUCAUUAGUUAUGAUCAACAAUAUCCUGAUCUUGCUACUUUAUUAAUAGGCCCAACUUCUGAAGGAUAUAUUUCACCUGCAUUUCCUAAUAUAGGAGAAUUUGUACAAUCAAAUAAAUUUCAUUUACCUCAACGUCUUAUUGAUAAACUGAGUGGUGCAAAAUGUCGUUUGUUUAUCGGUUUAUUCCCUGAAAUUAACCGUGCUUGGAUAACUAUCGAUAACAAAUUGUUUCUUUGGAGUUUAACAGAUGACACCAACAUUUAUGAAUAUGAUGAUCAAGAUCAAAUUAUUACAAAAGUGGGACUUGUUAAGCCUAAGCCAGGUUUGCCAGAUAUUUUUGGUAGAAAGUUAGAUUAUGUUUUAGUAGUUACGACACCACUUCAGGUUAUUCUUCUUGGAAUUCAAAUUAAUCAAGAAUUAACAAUGGAAAAUUCAGAUUCAAUUGGUGUAUACUCACUUCAAAUGGUCAUGCCAGCUGAUGACGUUCAAAUGAAAUACAUUACCGGUACUGAUGAUGGAAGAAUAUUUAUGAUUGGUCGCAAUGGAGAAUUAUAUGAGAUAGAAUAUGAUCAUUCUUCAAAUUGGAAUAGAUGUAGAAUGAUUUGUAGAACACAAUUGUUUAUUUCACGAUUUAUACCAUCAUUUACACCUCAUUUCCUUAAACCUGAAUCACAUCCUCCUGUUAAAUCAAUGGCUAUUGAUAAUGAACGUAAAGUAUUAUAUUUGUUAUCAGAGAAAUCAUCUAUUGAAGUGGUUUAUCUGGGUGACGCUUAUAAUAAUUACAGACCUGUAGCUAAACAUACAAAUAUUAUUGAAAACGCAAUUCAAUUAUGUCGCCAACAAUCUAGAAUAGUUACCGCAAAUGAUUUUAUAAUUGAAUCAAUUCACGUUAUUUCAGUAGCAGAAUCAAAACGUAUUCAUUUGAUGGCAAUGACAACUAAAGGAUAUCGUUUAUAUUUCUCGCAUUAUAAAGAUGCCUUCCGUAUGGGUGGCUUUACUACUAAUACCAAUUAUACCAUGACGGGUCCUCCUAAUACAUUAGAGUUAGGACAUAUUCGAGUACCACCAUCAACAACUGAUUUGAAUAAAGAAGCUGGACAAUUACCAACAAGCUAUAUUGAAACCUAUUAUGAUUGUGGUAUUUGUGUCUCUGUUAACCCUAAAGAUGAGUUAACAGAUCAACUUCACAUUACUUCUGUCACUUGUUUACCCGAGAAUAUGUCUGCAACUACUUCUACUUCAACAGGAACAUCUAAUAUGAUAACAACUGGUUAUCAGAACUAUAAUAAGUCUGAUUAUUUAGAAACAGAUAUGAUAAUCAACUUGGAUGAUAAAGUUCAAUGUAUAGUUGAGGCAAAUGCAAAUACAGUAGGCAAGAAUUAUUUACGAGAAAUAACUGAACAAUUAGCCAAUCCACCACGACAAUUUAUCGUUUUAUCAUCCCUUUCUGUUACUUACUUUACUAAAUUACGACCUGUAGAUAUUCUUUAUCAACUUAUUUCAAAUGAUAAAACGCGUAUCAGUCAUAACAAUGGUGGUGGUAGUAUGAGGAUGGUACAGGCAGACGAAAACUUGAAGAACAUUAUCUCCUUUUUUGAAAGAUAUGGUAAAAGAGAAGCAUGUGCUAUGUGUCUAUCUAUCAUUUGUGCCAGUGAUGAAUUAGAUAUCGUUCAAAGAGCAACUCAAUUAUUUUUUGAAUAUGGUGGUGCACCUAGUGCAAAGAAUGCAACACAAGUGAGAGGUAAUCAUUUAGGACAAGUCGUUGGACAAACAGAUAUAUGUUAUAGUGGUAAACAUAAUGGUUUCCUUCUUUAUUUUUCGCGUAUUAUUUCAUCUAUUUGGAAAAUGAAGCUAUUCAAGAAUAGUGGAAAUGAUAUUCAAGCAAUUGCUUAUCGCUCUCAAUUACAACGUUUAUUAGAUAACACAAAAGUGAAUUUACAAAGAUUAAAGCAUUUUAUGGAUGUAAACGCUCAUUUUCAUGAUUCUGCAAGUAUCUUUGAUCAAAGAUUUCAAUCCACAGAUAGAAAUUUGGUAGCAUUGGAAUUAAGUGAACAAAAAUCUGUACAUGAUUUAUAUUUAUUACUUGUACAAUGUAUUGAAGCCAUUUCAUUCUUUCAAUUCCUUUUGGAUUCAGAAGUACAAAAUAUUAUAGCUCAACAUUUAACGACAUCAGAAGAAGAAAGUAACAAGAUUUAUGAUUUAGAUAUGAACGUGAUAUUAACAACAUUAGAAGGAAGAGAGUCUAUUCGUGAACUUGUGAUUGCAACCAUUGUUAAAUAUGGAUCGAGUGGUAGUCAGAUUGGAUUUGAUGUUGUUAGUAGACAUUUGGAAACUUACUGUAACUCAUUCUUUGGACCAUUUGAUAUUGCCUUUUUUAAAGGAAUUGAAUUCAUUCGUCGCGCUUAUAAAGAUGAUUCAGAUUAUGAACGAAUUGAAUCAUUAAAAGAAUCUCUUCAUCAUUUCAAAGCAGCAGCAGAUGAAAUAUCAGAUCAGAAAAUGGAAAGUAUUUGUCAAGUCUAUAAAGAACAAACAUUUCAUAUUGGUAUUAUUGAAUUAGCAUUAGAAAGAGCUCAAAAGAUAGACCCUCAACAACAAGGUAUAUUAGCCUUUGAAGCCUUAACUGCUAGAUCUACUUCAACCAUCAUACAUGAUGAAACAAGCGAAGCACUUAUGUAUGCUCGACUUAAUUCAUAUCAAUUUAUUUUUGAUGCCUUAACUGACUUUAUCUUCAAUCCCAACAAAAAAGAACCUGCAGUAGAUAACGCGACUAUGUAUGCAAAACAAGUAUUUGAAACUAUGAUUCGAAAUGAUGAUAAACUUUUCCAUUAUAAACUCUAUGAAUGGUAUUUGGAAAGAGGAUUAAUGGACGAACUAUUAAAAGUAGAUACACCUUAUCUGAUACCUUUCUUUGAACAUUAUGUUGCAGAUAAAGAAGUCGCCCUUACUUUCCUUUGGCAAUAUUAUCGUCUUAAGGAUCAAUACCUUGAAGCCGCUGAAUAUUUGGAUUCUUUAGCUUCUUUACCUAAUUUGUCUGUAAAUGACAGACUACAAUAUAUUGCUUUAGCUUUAAUUAAUGCACGUUGUGCAAAUGCUUCUGAAUUAAUUCAAGCAUUGGAACAGAAAAAGGAAAUGAUUCGUUCAAGUACAGCUACUCAUCCAACAUUAUAAAUAAUGUAUAUAAACAUACAUGUUACAUGUGUACGGAUAUAUAUACAUGUGUAUAAUGGAAUCAAUAAAUUAUGUAAUAUUCAUCUAGAUUAUUCAUAGUAGCAGUGUAUUUUUUUUUUUUUUUUAAUAGUCAUUUAUUCAUAAUUUAAAUAA